AAACUCAAAAUAAUCAGCUGUCAAACUGGUCAGUAAAGUUUCCUUUUAGUAAAAUCGAGAGGGAGGGUGUCUUUUCAAUUAAUAUUCAAACUUGUCCUCUCUAUGAAUUUGCCAGCGGUGUCCAAAAUUAAGCGCACCGCACCGAAAUCCCCGUUCAUCGAUGGCUGGUGAGGUGAGUUACAAGAAAAAAGGGAAACUAUCGCGCCAGGAGUCCAAUAGGUCCGUCAAAGACUCGGAAAUCGAGGUUGAUAAUCGUCUCGGUGUAGGCGGUAGCAGUAAUCAAACACAAAAUAAGUCCCGAACGGGCAGUAGGGUUUAUAAAAUCGUUGUUUUGGGUGAUGGUGGGGUUGGAAAGUCUGCUGUUACCCUGCAGUUUGUAAGCCACAGUUUCUUAGACUACCAUGACCCAACCAUCGAAGACUCAUAUCAACAACAGGCAGUUAUCGAUGGCGAGCCUGCACUCUUGGACAUUCUGGAUACAGCUGGACAGGUUGAAUUCACCGCCAUGAGAGACCAAUACAUGAGAUGCGGCGAGGGAUUUAUGAUCUGCUACAGUGUUACCGACCGACACAGUUUCCAAGAGGCAACCGAGUACAGGAAACUUAUUCAGAAAGUGAGGGCCUCGGAAGACACCCCCAUGGUGCUGGUGGGCAAUAAGUUUGAUCUUCAUAUGCAACGCAAAGUUUCCACUGAAGAAGGAAAAUCACUAGCACAUCAAUUCGGUUGUCCAUUUUACGAGACGUCCGCUUGCCUGAGGACGUACGUGGACGACGCGUUUCACACUCUAGUCCGGGAAAUCCGGACGAAAGAACGUCAGAGACUCGGUUUGCCCGGAAACGAGCGGAAAUUACGCAGGCACAGUAAAUGGUGGCGCUUAAGGAGUAUUUUCGCGUUGGUUUUUAAGAGGAAACGACAGACGAGUGUCACUUCUUAAAUAAUGUGAAGGUUAGUCUUGGUUUUUUUUUAAGUUAAAGUGGUCGUUUUUGCAUAACAUUUUGGGUCGGAAAUGUAUUUUGUACUGUAUCAUUCUGUGCACAUUUCAGUUUUUGAAUCAAUUUUCUAUCUGUAAUAAGAAAAAAGUUAUUCAAAAUUUUGAAGUUCAUCUGAGACAUAAAAUGGUAAAAAUCACAAAUUUCGAUUUUUCUCAAAUACCAUUGAUUUCUUAAACUUUUUUGUAGUAACAUAAAAUAUACGAAAUCACUCGGUGCACAUUUCAAUCCU